AAGAGACAUUUUGUCCCGUUUGUUUGGCGAAGCCGUGGACGGAACUAAAACGGCUCGGAAGGCCUUCGAAUGCUAUUCUGUUCUCUCCCCUUCUUCCUCCGGGGUUCACUUUGCCACCCCGUUUCCUUCUUCUCCGGCCAAACCCCUCAUAAGAGGGAAAUCGCAGUAAUCUGCGGUCGCAUUUCCCUUCUCCGAGGGUGGGUUCAUGGCGAACCCCUACGCCAAUCGAGGAUUCAGAUCCAGAGAGGGCCUCAGCACGAGGACCGCCGCCUCUUCCGAUGAAAUUCAGUUAAGGAUCGACCCUAUCCAUGAAGACUUGGACGACCAGAUCACGGGAUUGCACAAGAAGAUCACCAUGCUGAAAGGCGUAGCCCAGGAGAUAGAAUCUGAGGCGAAAUUCCAAAACGACUUUAUCAGUCAACUGCAAAUGACACUUAUUAAGGCUCAAGCAGGAGUGAAGAAUAACAUGAGAAGGCUGAAUAAGAGCAUUAUCCAGCAGGGUUCGAACCACCUGUGCCACGUGAUUCUUUUUGCCUUCUUAUGUUUCUUGGCAUUCUAUUUGUGGUCUAAGUUUUUGUAAAGUAGUAGUUUUUUUGGCCCACUGUGCUGUAAAGUAUGCCACACUCCCAAGGUGGGUUUGCUGGUGAUAUGUUAACACACUGCAUAUAGGGUCUGCGGGGGCAGCUUGAGUGGUUCUGUAUGUAAACUAGUUAUCUUUCUGCCCUUAUUUCUUCGUUAAUAUGGUCCCACCGACAUGAAAUUGCCGCGGCAUUUGUUUUC